AUGGCCGCCAAUUCUCAGCCUGCAGGAGGUGGAGCUCCUCCGAAACCUUGGGAGCGUGCUGUGCCAUCGGCGUCUGGUCCAGCACCUUUCAAACCUCCUUCAGCUGGGAGCACCAGUGCUGUUGUUGAAGCAUCCGGUACCGCAAAACCAGGUGAAAUUGUUCCACCUGGCAAUAACAAUGCAGUGGCGACUACAAACCGUAACCAACGGCCUGUACCAAACCGGCCGUGGCAGCCACAGACAACCCAAUAUGGAGUAGGAGGGUAUGGUAUGAAUAAUUCAUAUGGAAUAAGAGGUGGAUAUGGUAGCAGUUUGUAUGGAAACAACAUGUACAGAGGGGGAUAUGGUGGUCUAUACAGCGGUGGCGGAAUGUAUGGUGGUUAUGGCAACCAAAUGGGUGGUGGGUAUGGAAUGAAUCCUUAUGGCCAACAGCAGAAUCCCGAUGAUGUUCCUUCUCCCGGCUUCUGGAUUUCUUUCCUCCGUGUGUUGGCAGGUGUUGUGAAUUUCUUUGGAAGAAUAGCAAUGCUGAUAGACCAGAAUACUCAGGCAUUCCACAUGUUCAUGAGCGCUCUUCUUCAGCUGUUUGAUCGGUCUGGGAUGUUAUAUGGUGAGCUAGCCAGGUUUGCUCUGCGAAUGCUCGGCGUCAAAACACCAAAGAAGGUCGAGGGAGCAGCAGCCGAGGGGCAACAGAGGCAGCAACAGGUUCAGGCUUCUAAAGCUGCCGAAGGAGGAUGGGACAAUGUCUGGGGAGCCAAGAACAGCAGCUAA